GGUCUCCUCCGAAUUCUCACGUUGGAUAACCAUUGCAUUAUUAUUUUUAUAAAAAAAUUUUUUGAGACAGUCUUUUUUGUAUUUUUAGUAGAGAUGGGGUUUUACCAUGUUGGCCAGGCUGGUCUCAAACUACUCACCUCAGGUGAUCUGCUCACUUUGGCCUCCCAAAGUGGAGGGAUUACAGGCGUGAGCGACUGCACAUUGCAUUAUUUUUGUCCCAAAUGUGAGCAGUGGAGACACCUGAUAGGCAACUGCUUAAAAGGAUAAGAUUGUGGUGAGACAGUGGAAGGUAUCCACUAAGUGGUAAAGAGAAAAAGCUAACAAUGGGAUCAUCCUUUUUGUAAAACAAAAUGAAAGGAAACAAGAAAAUGUUCCAUAAGUUUACACGUAGGAAUAGCAAACCUAAUGCCUGAUUUUACACCCUGUGCUUUUUUUUUUUUUUUUUUUUUUUGAGACAGGGUCUCACUCUGUCACCCAGGAUGGAGAGCAGUGGUGCGAUCAUAGGUCACUGCAGUCCUCAACGGCUGGGGCCCAGUGAUCCUCCCAUCUCAGCCUCUUGAGUAGCUGGGACCACAGGUCUAAGUCACCACACCUGUUGUUUUUUUUGUUUGUUUGUUUUUGUUUUAAGUAGAAACGAGGUCUCACUAUGCUGCCCAGGCUGUUCUCCUGACUUCAAGCGAUCCUUCCGCUUUGGCUUCCCAAAGUGCUGGGAUUACAGGCGUGGGCCAUCGCCACCAGUCCAUUCUGUGUCUUUUGAAUUGUUUUUGUUUGUUUGUUUGUUUGUUUGUUUUUCGAGAAGGAAUCUUGCUCUGUUGCCCAGGCUGGAGUGCAUCUCUGGUGUGAUCUCGGCUCACCGCAACCUCUGCUUCCCGGGGUCAAAGGAUUCUCCUGCCUCGGCCUCCCCACUAUCUGGGAUUACAGGUGCCCACCACCACGCCUGGCUAAUUUUGUAUUUUUAGUAGAGACGAGGUUUCUCCAUGUUGGUCAGGCUGGUCUCCAACUCCUGACCUCGAGAUCCUCCCCCUUCGGCUUCCCAAAGUGCUGGGAUUAUAGGUGUGAGCCACAGUGCCCGGCUUUUUUUUUUUUUUUGAGACGGAGUUUCACUCUGUCACCCAGGCUGGAGUGCAGUGGCGCGAUCUCAGCUCACUGCAACCUCCGCCCCCCCGGGUUCAAGCGAUUCUCCUGCCUCAGCCUCCUGAGUAGCUGGGAUUACAGGCGCCUGCCACCACACGCAGCUAACUUUUGUAUUUUUAGUAGAGACGGGGUUUCACCAUGUUGGCCAGGCUGGUCUCGAACUCCUGACUUCAGGUGAUCCACCCGCCUCAGCCCCCAAAGUGCUGGGAGUACAGGGGUGAGCCACCACGCCCGGCGAAUUUAACUUUUAUCAGGAGCCGUAUUACAUUGACAAUGGAGAGGAAGAAAACAGCACAGUAUGAUCAAGUUUAACUAGUGGGUAAUUAGCUGGAAAAGAACUCUCGACUCUUGUUCAAAGAGGUUCAAGCUGCUGUGCUUGUGCGGCAAGGACAGUGUCCAAAUGAAAAACUACAAAUCAGUCAUCUGUCCUUCAUUUUCUCCAUUCCCCCCACUCACUACACAGCUAAGAAAGCUCAAAGGUACCCUGCAGACACUCAAAACUUGAGGGCACGCAACUCUCAGUUACGAGUGGUGUCAAUCAUAAUGACAGAAUGAAGUACCAGUGCAAGAAACUGGAAGCGUGUGGAUGUCUCCAGGCUGGAAGUCUGGGUUCGAAAUGUCUGCAAUGCCUCGCACUUGUAGCCCGUGGGUAUCCCUGAUCUUCAGAAGCCACUGGUUUCUCCGCCAAACAAAGGGUAUGUACCUCAUGGGCUCAGGUCAAAAAAGUCUUCUAAACAACCCUCUAAUGUUUAUCUUUCACAGCCUGCCGGGCACACCCAUCUUCAAAGGCAGCGGACGGAAAAGUGCCAAGAUGGAUGGACAUAUGGCUGUCGCCGCACUCCCGUGUCCAAGCGCCAAGGCCGAAUGACCACUUAGGUCAGGAGAUUUUUCCCCUCCAGGCUGCUGUUCCCGGGAGAUGUCCCAACGUCUCUAGUCCAGCCCCUAACUCAGCACUCUACACAUCCGACGCUUAACGAAAGCUAUUCCAACUUUUUACCAGCCGUCCGCAGUGAUUUUCACCAGUAGAGCCCGGAUGAAAGAGGAGCCCGUAGUAACCGCGGCAACCGAAAAACCAGGCGGAAAGGGUGGGGCCCUGGGCGGAAGGGGCGGGGCCCUGGGGCCUUUUCCCGGCGUCCAUUUAGUGGCGGGAAAAGCGACCUUUUCUGAGUGCGUUUGCCUGCUGAGUGGUAGCCUUUCCUCUCAACCAGCAAUGGAGGAGCAGCCCCAGGUGCAAGACGCCGACGAGCCCGCGGACUCCGGAGGGGAAGGCCUGGCAGGCGGGCCACCGCAGGUCGCCGGCGCCCAGGCGGCGCGCAGCGAGGACCGCAUGACCCUGCUCAUCAGGCUGAGAGCACAGACAAAACAACAACUCCUAGAAUAUAAAUCAAUGGUUGAUGCAAGUGAAGAAAAAACUCCAGAACAAAUUAUGCAAGAAAAGCAAAUCGAAGCUAAAAUUGAAGACCUGGAAAAUGAAAUUGAAGAGGUAAAAGUUGCUUUUGAGAUAAAAAAGCUUGCAUUAGACAGGAUGAGACUUUCAACUGCGCUUAAAAAAAACCUGGAGAAAAUUAGCACCCAGUCUAGUGUGCUCAUGGAUAACAUGAAACACCUAUUAGAGCUAAAUAAAUUAAUAAUGAAAUCACAGCAGGAAUCUUGGGAUUUAGAGGAAAAACUGCUUGAUAUUAGAAAGAAGAGAUUGCAAUUAAAACAAGCUUCAGAAAGUAAGCUUUUAGAAAUACAGACUGAAAAGAACAAACAGAAGAUUGAUUUGGACAGUAUGGAAAACUCAGAGAGGAUAAAGAUCAUACGACAAAACCUACAGAUGGAGAUAAAAAUUACUACUGUUAUUCAACACGUGUUCCAGAACCUUAUUUUGGGGAGUAAAGUCAAUUGGGCAGAGGAUCCUGCCCUUAAGGAAAUUGUUCUGCAGCUUGAGAAGAAUGUCGACAUGAUGUAAUAAGAAUUCAUUUCUGACAUAUUUUACAUUUCUGGCAAUCUCAACUCUUAUUUGGAAUACUUCUGUGCAUUUGUCUGUCCACCGUAAUUUUAGAAAAGCAUAUCCAUAACGUUUACAGUUGUACAGCUGUGGUUAGUUAUUUGUAGUGGGAUUGAAAGUAAUUUUUUUCUUUUUAUAUUUCUAUAUUUAGUUUGUUUUUUGUUGUUGUUGUUGUUUGAGAUGGAGUCUCGCUUUGUUGCCCAGACUGGAGGGCAGUGGCGCGAUCUCGGCUCACUGCAACCUCUGCCUCCCGGGUUCAAGCAGUUCUGCGUCAGCCUCCCAAGUAGCUGUGACUAAAGGUGCACGCUGCCAUGCCCAGCUAAUUUUUUGUAUUUUAGUAGAGACGGGGUUUCACCGUGUUGCCCAGGCUGGUCUCAGAACUCCUGAGCUCAGGCAGUCCACCGCCUCGGCCUACCAAAGUGCUAGGAUUACAGACGUAAGCCACCGAGCCUGGUCUAGUUUGCAUUUUUUUUUCUAUCAGUUUUAUAAGUUAAGAAAUAAAAGGAAUUAAUGUUA